AUGAAUGCGUAUAAUCUAAUGAAUCAUCAAGCAUUUACACAAUUGCCAUCUAGGAAUCAAGUGUUGUAUUUGUAUAGAAGAAUCUUUAGAAUGGCAAAUCAAUGGGAGAAAGUAGACCAAAGAGAUGCUAUCAGGUAA